AUGUUGAGGAGGUUGGGGUUUGGUGAUAGGUGGGUGCAGCUUGUUAUGUUGUGUGUCCGUUCUGUGCGGUAUAAGGUUCUGAUCAAUGGUAGGCCCUCUGAGGAGAUUGUCCCCACGAGGGGUCUUAGGCAAGGUGAUCUCUUGUCUCCUUACCUUUUUAUUAUCUGCGCAGAAGGGUUAUCUUUAUUGCUGCAAGAUUCUCAGGCCAAGGGGUUAAUUCACGGUUGUAGGGUGGCCAGGGGGGCUCCGGCUAUCUCACAUUUGUUUUUUGCAGAUGAUAGUCUUCUCUUCUUUAAGGCAAAUCUGCAGGAAGCAAUGGAGGUAAAGAGGUGCCUUGGAGUAUAUGAGGCCUAUUCUGGACAGGCGGUCAAUUUUAAUAAGUCGAGUAUUUCUUUCAACCGCAAUACUUUGGAUGAAUUGAAGGAUCUCGUAGCUGGGGCCUUGGGGGUUUCUCAGGCUGAUGAUUUUGGUAAGUAUCUGGGACUCCCUUCUGUGGUUGGCAGAAAUAAGAAGUUGGUUUUUGCUUAUAUUGAGCAAAAGUUGAAACAGAGGUUUGGGACGUGGAACAAGCGGCUCCUGUCCAGAGCUGGUAAGGAGGUUCUUCUAAAGAGUGUGGCGCAGGCUAUGCCUACUUACACUAUGAGCAUCUUUUUAAUCCCCAUAACGUUGUGUGCUUCUCUUGAGAGAUUAAUGAACAUAUACUGGUGGGGGCGGAGUGAUAGGGAGGAUAGCAUUCAUUGGUUAGCUUGGGACAGAAUGUGUACGCCUAAGAAGUUUGGUGGUCUGGGCUUUAAAUGGUUGCAUGAGUUCAACUUGGCGUUACUUGCCAAGCAGGGUUGGCGCCUCCUCACGAAUCCUAAUACGCUUAUGGCUCGUGUUUUAAAAGCAAGGUACUAUCCUACUUCUACCUUUUAUGAUGCAGCAAUAGGGGGAAAUCCGAGUUAUGUUUGGAGAAGUAUAAUGGCAAGUCAGGGACUUGUUAAAUCGGGGUGCAGACGGAGGAUUGGCAAUGGGCGGACUACUCAGGUUUGGGCACACCCGUGGUUGUCGGAUUCUCACGAUCCUUAUGUGUCUACUGCGCAACCGGCUACCAAUCAGGGUUUGAUUGUUGCUGAUUUGGUGGAUGAUACAACGGGCGCAUGGAAUAAUAACUUGAUCCAGCAGAUUUUUAAUGCACGGGAUGCCGCCUUGAUUAACAAAUUGCCUUUGAAUGGCAUGUAUGACGACCUGUGGUACUGGGAAGGGGAUAUUACGGGGAAUUAUUCGGUAAAAAGUGGCUAUAGACGGCUAGGGGAUGCUUUUGCACCUAGUUCGCCGGUUUGGAGUAGUAUAUGGAGAUUGAAAAUCCCACCUAAGUGGAAGAAUUUUAUGUGGAGAGCUUUUUCUAACAUUUUACCAACUCUUGAUAAUUUGAUUAAAAAGAGGGUGGAUCUAGUUAAUGUAUGCCCGGCUUGUGGUUUAGUAGAGGAAAAUGUCAUGCAUGUUCUUUGUUCAUGUUCAUAUGCCUCUCUUGUUUGGAAUUGUUCCCAGUUGCCAAUACCCCAGUUUAAUGGUAACAAUUUUCUGUUUUGGGCAGAGUUGUGGUUGGGUGGAGCAUCGGCGCUGGAUUGUGAUGAUAAAGGGAGGAUUUGUGGCUUGUUGCAUGGUAUUUGGUCAGCCAGGAAUUCGGCUGUAUGGAAUGGAUUACUGCCAACCCCUGCGGUUUUGUGUUGCCGGCUCACUUCUAGCUGGGCAGCAUGGAAGGCUUAUGGUGCCGGUCCAAGGGACUCUCAGGUGCAGCGCCUUUCUGUGUUGCAUGCAAAUCAAAGGCAGCAUGGUUUGGCUUGCUUUGUGGAUGCGGCUUUUCAUAAUAAUCAGCAGCAUGCCACUUACGGCUUUAUGGUGUUGGAGGAGGAUGGGAGUUACGUAGCAGCGGCGAAUGGUCCUAUGGUAUGCCCGUAUGAUCCCCUAAUGGCAGAGGCGAUGGCGGUGACUGAGGCACUUUCUUGGCUUAAGAAUAACGGUUACACGGCAGUCAGGCUAUUCACGGAUAACGCGGUUCUGGUUUCAAGCCUUAGUAAUGCACGUUCUUUUCGUUCUUAUUUUGGUUUUAUUUUAGACUCAUGUAUUCGUUUAAUUUCUUCUAUGCCUGGUACUGUAGUUUCGUAUGUUAGAAGAGAUGCUAAUAAAGCGGCUCAUAUGUUAGCUAAGCAUGAAAAUGCGCCUGCUGUUAGUUCUGUAUGGAGGGGUGGUCCUCCGUCUUUUUUUGGAGCCGAUUUUGGCUAA